AGGGAUAAGGGGGGUAUUUGACUCCUGUCUCCCCACCCCCAGUCCGUGCGAGGUGGAUUUAGGAAGAAAGGACUCCAAACCUGGGACGUGGAGAUAACGAGAGACACCAAUAAAGAGACAUAGCCUACAUUUGGAGAUCCGCGCGCGGCGGUGUCGCGCACGGAUUAUUGUAGGGUGUUUUAUAUUUCUCUUUCACUGAGGAGAUUCUGGCUUGGAGCGUCUGCUCUGAGGGGAAAAGGAAUACAACACACGGGGAAUAAUAUGAGUGUUUUAUACUCGCUCCUUCUGUUAACAAGUGACUGCUCUGCCGAUCAAGAAAGUGGAAUAUAACGGUUUUUUUUCUACCAUCGGGGAUGCAAAGUAGCAGGAACUGUUUUCUUGAGGGAAUACGACCGCUCACCCACAAAGAAUACGGAUUUUUAAAAGCUCUCCCCCGUAAACCAACCAGGGGGUAGUCUCAGAAAUACUUUUCUCACGCCGAUGAAAGUGCCAAGCCGUUCUGCGUGAAGACCCCAACCUUCCCUGCGCAGUCGGGGCCUCGGCUCUCCAGCCAUUUCAAAGAUAAGUCCCACCCCACCCCUCCCUGCUCCCCUUCCCUACUGGAGCCAAGAUGGCCAUCGGCGGCACCCCUCGCCUCUCCUUGCCACUCCUGCUGCCUGUCACCACGCUGCUGCUAUCACUGCUGCUCACCGGCUCCCACGCCUUAUCACCACCACGGUUCACUAAAGUUCCCGUCGACCAGAUUGGCGUCUCAGGGGGUGUGGUCUCCUUUGUCUGCCAGGCAACAGGCGACCCGAAGCCAAGGGUUAGCUGGAACAAGAAAGGCAAAAAGGUCAACUCCCAACGUAUAGAGACAAUUGAGUUUGACGAGGGCGCCGGCGCUGUACUCAGAAUCCAGCCUCUCCGAGCACCACGUGACGAGAACAUCUAUGAAUGCGUGGCUGAGAACAGCGAGGGCGAGAUCACUGUCAAUGCCAAGCUGUCCAUCAUCCGAGAGGACCUACUCCCACCAGGCUUCCCUAACAUUGACAUGGGGCCUCAACUCAAAGUUGUGGAGCGCACUCGAACAGCUACAAUGCUCUGUGCCGCCAGUGGCAACCCUGACCCAGAAAUCACCUGGUAUAAAGACUUCCUGCCCAUUGACCCCAGUGCGAGUAAUGGGCGAAUCAAACAGCUACGCUCAGGUGCCUUGCAGAUCGAGAACAGCGAGGAGACAGACCAGGGGAAGUACGAGUGCGUGGCGUCUAAUGUGGAAGGCGUGCGCUACUCGUCCCCUGCUAACCUUUAUGUGCGAGUCCGGCGGGUGCCUCCUCGCUUCUCCAUUCCACCAAUGAGUCAAGAAAUUAUGCCUGGUGGCAGUGUGAACAUAACGUGUGUGGCAGUGGGGUCCCCCAUGCCUUACGUCAAGUGGAUGCUGAAUUCGGAGGACUUAACACCGGAGGAUGAGAUGCCAGUGGGUAGGAAUGUUCUUGAACUGAGCAGUGUCCGUGAGUCAGCCAACUACACCUGCGUGGCCAUGAGCAGCCUUGGCAUCAUUGAAGCUGUGGCACAGAUCACUGUCAAAUCUCUCCCCAAGCCUCCAGGUACCCCUAUGGUUACUGAAACCACCGCCACCAGUGUGACCAUCACCUGGGACUCAGGAAACCCAGACCCAGUGACUUACUAUAUCAUCCAGUAUCGAGCCAAGUCCCCAGAAAGCAAGUAUGAGACAGUGGAUGAUAUCACCACUACACGUUACAGCAUUGGUGGCCUCUACCCCAACACAGAGUAUGAAAUCAGAGUCUCAGCUGUCAACACAAUCGGUCAGGGUCCUCCCAGUGAGCCAGUAGAAACCCGGACUGGUGAACAAGCCCCUGCUAGUCCACCACGAAACAUCCAGGCCCAGAUUAUUUCCCAAAACACCAUGAUGGUGCGCUGGGAAGAGCCCGAAGAGCCCAAUGGGCAGAUCAAGGGCUACCGUGUCUAUUACACAAUGGACGACUACCAGCCCAUGAGCCUAUGGCAGAUCCAUAAUGUCCAGGACAGCAUAAUCACUACUAUCCAGAGCCUGGUUCCCCAAGAGACCUAUACCAUCAAAGUCCUUGCAUUCACCUCUGUGGGUGAUGGACCCUUCUCAGAGCCUAUCCAUGUCAAAGUGCUGCAAGGAGUUCCUGGUCAGCCAUCCAAAUUUCAGGUUGGUGCUGUAUCUGACACCAGCAUUGAACUAACCUGGGAACCUGCCUAUGAAAAAGAGGGAAUUAUAAGUUAUGAACUUCGCUACAGGGAGGGAAGUCUUGGCACCCAGAUGAAGAAAACAUUUGGGCCCACAUCUUCAUAUGUUGUGGAAGGUCUCCGCCCAAACACAGAGUACCACUUCUCCCUGGCAGCCAUCUCUAACAAAGGCAUUGGAGCCUUCACCAAUGACAUAUUGCAGAAGACCUUGCAAGCCAAGCCCUCAGCCCCCCCUCAAGACAUUAAGUGCAGCAGCACCAGCUCCACCACCCUGCUGGUAAGUUGGCACCCCCCACCUUUGAAGAGUCAGAACGGUGACCUGGCAGGGUAUAGGGUGCGCUACCAGGUGGUGGGCCUGUCAGAAGGCGGCAGUGACGAUGGGGAGGCAAUGGAGGAACCGACGGUGCCUGCCACCGAAGAGCAGGUGCUGCUGCAGCGAUUGGAGAAGUGGACCCAGUAUCGCAUCACUGUGUCUGCCUUCACUGUGAUUGGACCGGGCCCUGAGAGCGAGCCCCAGAUCUGCCGGACCGAUGAAGACGUUCCUGGCGGUCCUCCACGGCGGGUGGAGGUUGAGGUCCUCAACUCCACAGCACUAAAGGUGAUGUGGCGUUCACUGACGCCAGGAAAGCAGCACGGUCAGAUCCGUGGCUACCAGGUUCACUAUGUACGUGUGGAGAAUGGCGAGUCACGGGGCCUGCCCCUAAUCAAGGACGUUAUGCUGGCUGACGCCCAGGAAAUGGUCAUUGGAGGACUCAAGCCGGACACUACUUACUCCAUCACGGUGGCAGCGUACACCACCAAGGGGGAUGGAGCCCGGAGCAAACCCAAACUGGUGGUGACCAAAGGGGCAGUGCCUGGUCCGCCCUAUUUGUCAGUGGCCCAGGACUCAGAGACAUCUGCUGUGGUUCGCUGGGACCCACCAGACCUGAUCAAUGGCAUGGACCUGCAAGGUUACAGGCUCCAGUUUGGUCGAAAAGAUGUCUCUCCUUUGGCCACACUGGAAUUUGCUCCCCAAGAACGACAGUACUCUGUGGGCAACAUUCACCGGGGUGCCACCUACCUCUUUAAAAUCUCAGCCAAGAGCAGGGGGGGCUUUGGGGAUGAGGCUGGUGUGGAACUCAAUGUGCCCGAAAAUACGCCAGGGGGAUAUCCUCAAAUUAACGAGGGCUCCAACGUGACAUGCUGCUCAGUGCAGCUGUCAUGGUCUCCACCGGUGCUGGCGGAGAGGAACGGGGUAAUCACAGAGUACACUUUGGCCUAUAAAGAAGCUGGUACCGGAGGAGCACCACGGGAGCUCCGUUUGCCCCCCAGCCUUUCCAGCUAUGUGCUCAACAGCCUCAAACCGAACUCCGCAUACGAUGUGAAAAUACGUGCACACACCAGUGUAGGUCCAGGGCCCUACAGCCCGCCUAUCCAGUAUCGGACGGUGGCCUUUGAUCCAACAGAUGUUCCAAAGAAUUUCACUGUCAAAUGGGCCACCAAGACCACAGUGGUCCUUGCAUGGAAGUUUUCUGAAAGCAGAUCCCCAUACAAAUGCACGAUUGAGUACAACCGUCAGAAGAUGGACGUGGAUGCCAGGCAGAUGAGGGUGCUCGUUACUGGGCUAAGGUCCAACACCACCUACGAGUUCAGGGUGACCUGCCAAGAAAGCAUGGACGGUGGGCCGAGACACCGUGUGGUGGCCAGGACAGCGCCACUCAUGAUGGUCAAGAAACCUAAGCUGGACAUCUACGCUGAGCCUGACAACAUGCUCACCAUGUCCUUCCCACCAGUCGAUGGCAAAGAUGUCAAGAACUUCUAUGUGGUUGUGGUGCCACUUAAGAGGACCGCAGGAACUGUCAAAAACCUGAAAAACCCAGAUGAGAUGGACAUGGAAGAGCUGUUGCGGGAGGUGACCCUAAAGCGACGCUCACGCCGUCAGCUGGCUCAGCUGGACCAGAGGAAGCCCUACAUCACAGCCUGUUUCAGACAGCUUCCCUCCAGCUUCACAGUGGGCUCUGACCACCGCCACAGUAGCUGUGAGAACAAGGUUCUUGAACCUGGCCAGGAGUAUGUCUUCUUCCUGCUGGCUGAACUCAAUGCCACCACUGGGAAAAUGUUUGCAACCAGCCCUUAUACUGACACAGUGAUGACUCCAGAGCUGGUGGUGGACCCCUUGCCAGUAGAGACUGGUGGCGAUGGACUCAUAUGGGUGGUGGGCCCAGUCCUGGCUGUGGUCUUCAUCAUCUGCAUCGUCAUAGCCAUACUUCUGUACAAAAACCGCAAAAGAAAAGAGUCAGAGCCACGCACAAAGUGUCUGCUGAACAAUGCAGACAUUACACCUCACCACCCUACAGACCCGGUGGAGAUGAGACGCAUCAACUUCCAAACUCCAGAUUCUGGUCUAAGCAGUCCUCAGAGUGAAGCAGAUUUUGACUAUGAAAGUAUGAUGAAUCACCCUCCCAUCCCUAUCUCAGAGCUGGCUGAACACACAGAGCUCCUCAAGGCCAACGACAAUCUCAAGCUCUCCCAGGAAUAUGAGUCUAUCGAUCCAGGCCAGCAGUUCACCUGGGAACACUCUAACCUGGAGGUGAACAAGCCCAAAAAUCGUUAUGCCAACGUCAUCGCCUACGACCACUCCCGCGUCAUCCUGGCUCCCAUCGAGGGAAUCACAGGUAGCGACUAUAUCAAUGCCAACUACAUUGAUGGCUACAGGAAGCAGAAUGCUUACAUCGCCACCCAGGGUCCAUUACCGGAGACAUUCGGCGACUUUUGGAGGAUGGUGUGGGAACAGAGAGCAGCCACUGUGGUCAUGAUGACCAGACUAGAGGAGAAGUCACGGAUUAAAUGUGACCAGUACUGGCCCAGUCGUGGCACAGAAACCUAUGGUAUGACCCAAGUGACCCUGUUGGACACCAUAGAAUUGGCCACUUUCUGUGUCCGCACCUUCUCCUUGCACAAGAAUGGCUCUAGUGAGAAGCGGGAGGUUCGCCAGUUCCAGUUCACGGCGUGGCCUGACCACGGCGUACCAGAGUACCCAACCCCCUUCUUGGCCUUCCUCCGUAGGGUGAAGACUUGUAACCCGCCUGAUGCUGGACCCAUCAUUGCCCAUUGCAGUGCGGGUGUUGGCCGGACAGGCUGCUUCAUUGUCAUCGAUGCCAUGCUUGAGCGUAUCAAGCACGAGAAGACGGUCGACAUUUACGGCCACGUGACACUGAUGCGCUCACAGCGAAACUACAUGGUGCAGACAGAGGACCAGUACAGCUUCAUUCAUGACGCACUGCUGGAGGCGGUGGCCUGCGGCAACACUGAGGUGGCUGCACGUAGCCUCUAUUCCUACAUCCAGAAGCUGGCCCAGGUGGAGAGCGGCGAGCAUGUUACUGGCAUGGAGCUAGAGUUCAAGCGUUUGGCCAACUCCAAAGCCCACACGUCACGCUUCAUCAGUGCCAACCUUCCCUGCAACAAGUUCAAGAAUCGGCUGGUCAACAUCAUGCCCUACGAGACCACACGUGUCUGUUUGCAGCCAAUCAGAGGCCUGGAAGGUUCAGACUACAUCAAUUCAAGCUUCAUUGAUGGAUACAGGCAACAGAAGGCCUACAUUGCCACACAGGGCCCUCUGGCAGAGACUACAGAAGACUUCUGGAGAAUGCUCUGGGAGAACAACUCUACUAUCGUAGUCAUGUUGACCAAACUGAGAGAGAUGGGACGGGAAAAGUGUCACCAGUACUGGCCGGCGGAGCGCUCUGCCAGGUACCAGUACUUUGUGGUGGAUCCCAUGGCUGAGUACAACAUGCCCCAGUACAUCCUCCGAGAGUUCAAGGUCACAGACGCCAGGGAUGGCCAGUCCAGGACAGUAAGGCAGUUCCAGUUUACUGAUUGGCCAGAGCAAGGUGUGCCCAAAUCUGGGGAGGGAUUCAUCGAUUUCAUUGGCCAGGUGCAUAAAACCAAGGAACAGUUUGGACAAGACGGACCAAUCUCUGUCCACUGCAGCGCUGGCGUGGGCAGGACCGGUGUCUUCAUCACCCUCAGCAUCGUCCUGGAGAGAAUGCGCUACGAAGGCGUGGUUGAUAUCUUCCAGACAGUGAAGAUGCUCCGGACACAGAGGCCAGCCAUGGUCCAGACUGAGGAUGAGUACCAAUUCUGCUAUCACGCAGCUCUGGAGUACUUAGGAAGCUUUGAUCACUAUGCAACGUAAAAAGCCAUCUCUUCCCCCCAGAAUCCUGUAACCCCCCUCAACAGUCCCCUGAGCCAUAGAAACUUGUGAAAUUUGAAACGACGACAGCAGACAACACCACCGGUAAUUCAGACACACCAAACGGGAUCCUAUUGUAGAUUUUUAGAAGACGACGCCCACACCAACCAGUUUAGAGUAAUUCCAAUUCGACUAAGAGACCCUUUCAUGCGGAAGUGAGGAAUAUUGCCCAUCAUCAUGAAAAGAAAGUCCUCAUCAGGAGAGGAACCAGAAGCUGUGGCUCAAGCUGUGGGGCGGGUAUUGAUCAAAGUGUCAGACUGCUUACCUUACCUCAAGUGUUUCAAUGUGGAGGACAUUGUAAACAUUCGUGGACAUUUCUCUUCUCAAAAAUAUCUUCGUGAUACAACGGUAACAAGCAACAGAUAAUGAAGGAGAAGGCAACAGCAAAAAUCAAUGAGAGGCAGAUGGAUGUAGCCAAGACGGGGUGACUUUCUCUUGUUCUUUUGAUAUGCCUGGGUGUAAAGGGGGUUCAAGUAUUUUAUCGACACGUUUUGUGAGUGAUAUCCAGAGAAAUGACCAAAUCGUGGUUGCCUGUGUGAACACAAAUGGUUUUCCCCAAACUCUGGUCACCCAAACAAGACGAGACAAUAAAUCAAAACAGGAGAAAAGAAACCUGGUCGUAAAUAAACCUUAGGUUUUUAAAAUGUCCUGCUAAAAAUAUUCAUAAUUUGCCUGGAAAAACACUUAUCUAUUACAGUGAAAUACUCAUCACACAACUGCCUGUUCUCAAAGGCUUAGAGCUUAGACAAGGGACCACAGUCACUAGAUAUCAGGAAGAAAGCAAGAACACAUUUCUUCAGAUCAGCUAGUUUCUUGAAUUUGAAACUUGUGCAAAAUUGAUAUCCAAAGCCAGCUGACCGCAGUGUAUUUUCAAUAAGUGCCCCAGGAGGCUCUUGUCUCAGUCACCAGAGAAAUCGGGGAAAACCCUUAUCUGUUGCAAGAAGCUGCGGCUGGGUCGUCUUGUGGAUGGUCAAGAUGGGAGAAAUGGCAACCAUGUCCCAUGAUUUUUAACAAUCACUUCUCUCUUUGGAGCCAUUGCAUCAUGUGGCGGUGAUAGCAUCCACCAUUUUUAACAAGAGAUAAAUCUGGUGGGCAAGAAGCUUUGGAACAAAACGGAACAACCAAACAAGGAUUGCCGCAAAGUGCAGCUUUCUUUGUGUACAGUGACCAACACUCAUCAUCAUUGUUUAAAACUUUUUUGUCUUAUGAGGAAUUAUCUUUUUUUCUUUUUGUUUUCUUUUCUGUCAAAACCAAACAUGCUGCUUAUCUCGUGUAUGCUGUACAUGUGACUCUUGAGCGAGAGGAAACUGACUAACAAAAGAUGCCAGCUCUGCUAACUGCUCACGCCCAGGCGGGCAUGACUGAAAGCGCAUCCACACGAUAUCAUCAUCCACCAGACUUUUUCACCUUUCCUUUUUUUUCCAGCCUCCUCUAUUAUCAUUUAUUUCAUUAUAGAAGACACUCUGGAGUGGCAAAGGCCUGUUGCAAUUACAAAACUGUAUGUUCAUGUGGUUGAAAAAUUGGCCUUUAGGUCCACUAUAUGUGUGUUUGGUACCAGGUGGAUAAACAAAGUAGAUGCUUUGGUUUGCAUCCUCCAUAUGUCUAGAUGAUGUCUGGUUGGGUGACUAAACCAGAUCAGGCAGCCAUGUUCGAUCUCGAUGCCAUGAUGUGAAAAGGAAAUUCUUCGGUACAAGUUACUUGCACAGCCCUAAGAAAAGAGGAGAAAAAAAAAAAACUUGAAAUAAAUACCCCAAAACAACUGCAGGUUGGAUUUGACGCACUAAUGUAUAUGUGUCUGAUAAAAAUCAAGCUUUUGAAAUCACCAGAUUUUCAUUUUGUGAUCAGCGCUUUGGUAUACAUGGGUGUAUGGAUUCUGUGAAGGUUUCCGAUGGGUGUGCACAAAAUCCAGAGCGAUGGACAGAACUGUGUGUAAUCUUUUCUUAUUUCCAAAAAAGCCUUAUUGUUAUUGUAACAUUAUGAAAACAUUAAUGUUGUAUUAUGACGACUUAUUUUGCAUUACAUAGUUGACUUUUUAUUUUCAUUUUGGUUUAGUUUUUUAACAGAGAUGUAUCACAUUUUUUUAAAAUUAGCAGGAAAAGAGAAAUGCUUAUUUGUUCAUAUUACGUUAAAAGACAUUCUAUUUUUUCACUGUAGAAAUGUUAAGUAUAACAUGUCUGUGUGUACGUGUGCAUAUAUGUAUGUAUGUAUAUAUACAUGUAUAUACUGCACACUCACACAUUCAUAUAUAUUUAAAUGCAGAAUAUAAAGAUAUAUCCAAACUUAGUAUGAAUUACAUUUUUCUCCUCAUCAUCUUUUUUUUUUCAUACCAGUCAGUGCUCAUGUUUGAAGAUAUGAUGGGUUUCUAUUGUUUUUUUUUUUGUUUGUGUUUAUUUUUGUAAUCUUAGAAACUUGUGUGUUUCUUGAGAUAAGCUGAGGAGAUGGCAGAGCUACAGUAUGCCUGAAAUCCCUCGCCUCCUCUCACCAAUGUUUAACUUCUACCCCUGGGUAGACCCUGUGCCGACGAGGAGAUGCCAUUUUUAAAUCUUGUUGAGAUUCUUUAUUAUCAUUAACUUGUAGGCAUUAGUACUUGUUUUGUUUUUUUGCAGCAGCAACUAUUGAUAAACUGGUCUACAGAAUAUCUAAUCAAUCAAAAAUUUCAUAAUUGACUUUUUUUUGUUAUCUAUAUCAGCGCAACUUGACAUACAAUACCUUGUAUGAUCAUGUACAGACUAUGACCCUCGCAGUUUUUUUUAGAGAUCCUCUUAGUUCUUUCUCUUUUUUUAACUUUCAUUAUUUUCCAACAUAAUGUGGUAAUUCAUUUUGUUAGAUAUCCACUAUGAUCUACCUGUAAAUAAACAAAUAUAUAGAUUAUAUGUAUUUGUAUCAUUUGACCCUCAAGAUCUCAUACUUUAAGUGGGGACAGAAUUACAAAGAUCAAGAUUCUGCUCAUAUCCAACUUCCUGGUGUUUGUAAAGCCUGUUUUCUCUCCAUCUGAAACGUUCUUUCUUCAGCCCUGCUCCCUGGUCUUUAAUUACCACUCGCUUUUUUUUCUGCCUUUAAUUUCCCUUGCUAGCAGUUAAACUGGGAAACGUGCCAGCUUCUGUUCUCACACCUACAGCCUCAGUGAGGGCAUGAAAUCAGCAUCAGUGAUCUGCUGGUCUAAUGGAGCUGAGGCUGGGACGUUAGUCCACUCUGCUAACUAACCAUUAGAGUUGGUAAUCAACUCAAUCAAACAAAUCAAGGGCCUGUUACAUUCUUAUUCUCAGAGUGUACUAAGCAUUUCCUGCCCUGGUAUUAACACGGGUCCACUAGAGAUAAGAUGGACUUUAGAUAAAAGCAACUAGAGUGGUUUAAAAAUGAAUUGUAUUUAUAUAAUUAGACCUCCAAAGUUUCAUAUUACUAUUACAAAGGUGUCGAUUUUUAAUCUCUCCACUACUGUGAGAAACUAUAACACCCAGAGGUGGUCUUCAUUCCUUAAUAGUUUCCCACAAACCUCCAGGAGGUCCCCAGCUGUCCAACUGCCUAAUAUGUCAGUGUGAACCAUAAAUACAUUGUUGGCUGAUUGACAAACAGCUAAAAAGGCCAUACAUAGUUGAGUUGCAACAUGACAUGUUUUUUUUUUCUCCCUAAUGCAUUUUAAGCCUUGUAUAGAACCAUAUUAUGUGUUUUUGUUCCAACAUUGUUUUGUUAUGGGAUGCAGAAAGAAAUCAGGACUCAAUGAAACAGAGCAGAGCAAUGCAAACAAGGGAAGACCAAGACAACCAAAAACUUGCUGCAAAUUCACAUUUCCAGCACGUCAUUUCUAAAGAGUGGGAACCUUGAGAUGUUUUACAAUGAACUAAAAUCUUGGACUGAGGACUUUUGGAACUCAAAAAAAAAAAAAAAGACUGGCAAAAGGGCCCAUGCCAAAACUGAAACUGUGGAAGUCUUUGGAAGCUUGUGCAAUGUGUUACUCUUUUGACUUCAUGUAAAGAUGCUAGACUUUUGAAAACAACCGCCAAAAUUACUGGAAUAUGUCACAGAAUAUUUGGGGGUGGGGGCGGGGGGGCUAACAAAAAAACGAACACUAACAAAAAAUUACAUCAAAAGAAUAGAACAUAUACAGAACAUACCAACAACAUGAAAAAGAACCCAAACUCAGCAAAAUAGUUUUUCCUUUGUAUGAGGGCCAAGUGCUAUCACUUUCAAACUGUUACUUCGAACUCAAACAAUAAUUGGUUUAAAGCCACUGUGUAUGUAGAUAUGUUGACUUUGUAUUAAAGAAAUGUUGUCUGAAAACCA